AUGGCUGCUUUAUCACCUGUGCCUUUGCAUGUAGUUCCAUCAUUGAAGAAGUGCGUUUGUCAGCUAUGCUCCUGCGGAUGUCACCAUUGUCCACACCUGCCCAGCAGGCCCUAUGAGAGGAGUGAGAAGCCAUGCAUGCUGUCAGAGUACAUGGAACGAUACCCCCAUUAUCCCACCACUCUUCCCAGAGGCUCAUUUAAGCCAAACGAAGCAUACAAGAUGGCACAGAUACCCAUGGAAGGCAUCUCAACUACAAAGAGAGACUAUGUAGCUCGUGAAGUGUUGCCACAGAAACUUAAACCACCUGAAAAGCAUGUCAAGAGUGAUAAGAGUAUGGAUUUGACCUCCACUUAUAAACAAGAUUUUAAGUCCUAUCCCGUGUCUCAAGUACCUCCAUGCCUCCCCUGUGUGACGAGACACGUCCCCAGCACCAGGAUGGAUACAAGAACCAAUUAUGAAGAUGACUAUGUGCUAUGGAAUGAACCAAAGACAGAGCUGAUCAGACCAAAUGAUGGGUUUUGCCCACCAGAAGAAAAAUUUGACCACAGAACCAUUGCCCAGGAUGACUAUCUCUACAGGGGGCCAGUUGCCACUCAAAGCUGCAAACCUCUGAAUGUGGUCCAGAAAGGCAAGGCUCCUUUUGAGAAUAUAACCAAUUAUAGAGUGAAUUAUGUGCCACAUGCUCUGGAGAAACGUUAUGUCCAUAAAUAUCAGAAAUACAAGGUCAAUGAGAUCCCAUUUGAUGACCUCACUACCCACAAAGCUUCUUAUAAGGGGCUGGCUGGUCAGUCAGCCAAGCUGGCAAAACCACACCAGCCAAAGAUUCUCCAUGAUCUUCCAUUUUCCUCUACAACCGAGUUUCAGGAAAAAUACCAAGCUUGGCCACGGCCUCCUAUAUUCACCAAAAAACCUGAUGUAUAUCUUCCUCCUCUGGAGAAAAUGGACCUUCACACCACUACUCAGAUAGAUUACAAGCACCCAAAUGCCAAGCCAGCCAAGAUGUGUCGAUCUUUGGCCCAGCUUGCAAAAAGUACUGAGCCAUUCAAUAGCUCUUCUGUAAUGAAGGAAGACUAUAAGCCUUGGCAGUGCAAGAGACUAAAACCUAUCACUCGUGCUCCGGAGCUGACUUUCCCAGCAAAACCAAUGGAUUGCUUGACUACUUUUCAGGCCCAUUAUGUGCCUCAUCCACUCACAGUUACGAAGAGCUAUAAACCUGGCUGGUCAGGUCCAAAGCAUCACACUCUGCUAGAUGCUAAAACCAUCUAUGCUACCAGCUAUACACCAAAGGGUAUUGUUAAAUGCUUGGCCUCUUACAAAGACCCACCUGGUUAUAUCUUUGAGGGAACUGAUGCUGAUGGUCACAAACUCUAUGUCCCUGCUUCCAAGAGUGAGUGCCUGCAAGGUGGACGCUGA